AUGAAAUUGAAAAUGACAAGAAUUUGGGCAAAGAAAUUUGGUCACAUUAAGAAGGUAGUUUUAUGUAGAUAAUUGUAUCUGUGUAAGAGUUUAGAUAUCUAUAUGAAUGCAUUUUACCAUUAUUAUUUAAUGCACUUGGUCAAGAUGAAGGUCAUCAGACAGAUAACCAGGAGACAACAUUGGUCAAUUGGUUUAUAAUGCUUUUUGAGAUCUCGAGCAUUAAUUGAAAGAAUCAUUAGCCAACUUAGAAGCCAAUUAGAUUGCAGCCUAUUAUCAAUUAGCUGAUUGGUUGGCUGAUAUAGAAUCUGAAGUAGCUCAUCUCAAUGAUGAAAUCUAGAGAAAGACUCAAUUAUAAGACAAAUUGGUGGUGGUAUGUAAGACUAGUUAUAAUUGUUUAAUAAUAAGAACAAGCAGCUCUUGCUGUGUAAGCCAAGGCCAACAGUGUGUUGAAGGAUUCUCAAAAUGCUAUUAAUGCAGCAACAGCAUCCUUGUAAGAGUUGAGAGACUUAUAUGAGACUGAGUUGAAUAGAAGAAAUGGUAAGAGAUUGAAAUUGACAUUUAAGAGGAAAAUGCUAUAAUUGAUGAGGUUAUUCAUAUUUUCAAAUAAUAAGUAUUGGAAAUGGCUAAUUAAACUUCUUAUGGAAAGAAAUGAUUAAUAUCGAUAUAUAAAUAUUAAAAUUAGAGAAAAAUAUUAUAAGGCAUUUUACAUUAUCAUUGCAUUAAUUUGGGAUAAUUGA